AUGUCGCCGGUGCAGCUCAACCCGCGGAUGUCCGCCAAGCCCCCCUACUCCGUUGAGGUUCCCGGCCAACAACGAGUCGAAGGCGAGACACCCAUUCGUCGUCAUCCUCAAGCUGUCAAGGACCUCAUUGUGAAGCCUGACCCCAACAUCUCUACCGUCUACGACUUGGUGCGCGUGUCCGUCGCCAAGUUUGGCAAUGCAAAGGCCCUGGGCUCGCGCAAGCUGGUGCGCACCCACCAGGAGACAAAGAAGGUGAAGAAGAUGAUCGACGGCGAGGAGCGCGAGGUAGACAAGAACUGGACCUUUUUCGAGCUGAGCGGAUACGAGUACAUCACCUAUGUCGAGUACGAGAAGCAGGUGCUGCAGCUCGGCGCCGGUCUGCGAAAACUUGGUCUCGAGAAGGAGGACAGAGUUCACAUCUUUGCUGCCACAAGCCAGAACUGGCUGGCAUUGUCACACGGUGCUGCAUCGCAGUCCAUGCCCAUUGUCACCGCCUACGAUACUCUGGGUGAAGAGGGUCUCCGACACUCCAUGGUUGCGACCAGGGCAAAGGCCGUCUUCCUCGAUCCCCACCUGCUACCGACUCUGAUCAAUGUCCUCAAGGACGCGACUGAGAUCAAGCACGUCAUCUGGAACAACCAAAACCAGAUCAAGAAGGAGCAUGUUGAGAAGCUGAAGGCCGCCUACCCUCAUGUCAGCAUCCAGAGUUUUGAAGAGCUUCGCAAGCUCGGCGAGGAGAACCCAGUGGACCCAGUCCCACCGGCACCCGAAGAUCUUGCUUGCAUCAUGUACACAUCUGGAUCAACAGGUACACCGAAGGGAGUGCCACUGAAGCAUAAGGCCGUCGUGGCUGCUGUCGCCGGUGUGAGUGUUGUCGUACAGCCCUAUAUUGGUCCUGGUGAUAGUCUUCUUACAUAUCUUCCCCUGGCGCAUAUUCUUGAAUUCGUUUUCGAGAAUGCCUCCCUCUUCUGGGGCGCCACUAUGGGCUACGGCAACCCCAAGACUCUUUCUGACACGUCUGUGCGCAACUGUGCUGGGGAUAUCCGCGAGUUCAAGCCCAGUGUUUUGGUGGGUGUUCCGGCGGUAUGGGAGAGUGUAAAGAAGGGCAUCAUUGCCAAGGUAAAUGCCGGCAGCCCUGUUGUGAGGAGCCUCUUCUGGGGUGCUCUGGCGGCAAAGAACUUCCUCAUGGGUGCAGGCCUCCCGGGAUCCGGUGCCCUGGACGCCGUUGUGUUCAAGAAGAUCAAGGAGGCCACAGGAGGGCGCCUGAGGUUGUGUAUGAACGGAGGUGGCCCAGUCGCGAAGGAAACUCAGCGCUUCAUUUCGAUGGCUAUCUGUCCAAUGAUCAUUGGAUAUGGUCUUACAGAGACAACAGCUAUGGGAUGCCUCCAAAACCCAAUGGAGUGGACUUCAGAGUCUAUUGGUGCCAUGCCCGCAUCUAUUGAGACCAAGCUUGUCGACUUCCCUGAUGCCGGCUAUUACUCAACCAACAAGCCCAACCCUCAGGGUGAGAUCUGGAUCCGUGGGCCCAGCGUCACAGAUGGCUACUGGGAGAAUGACAAGGAGACUGCAGAGGCUAUCACUUCUGAUGGUUGGUUCAAGACAGGAGAUAUUGGCGAGUGGGACCACAACGGCCAUCUCAAAAUAAUUGACCGCAAGAAGAACCUAGUGAAGACACUCAAUGGCGAGUAUAUCGCCUUGGAGAAGCUAGAGUCGGUCUACAGAUCUGCACCUGUCGUUGCAAACAUCUGCGUUUACGCCGAUGCCCAACAGGCCAAGCCUAUCGCUAUUAUUGUGCCUGCCGAGCCUGCUCUCAAGAAGCUUGCUGACUCCGUCGGGGUUCAGGGGCAGAGUCUCGAAGAGCUUGUUCACAACAAGAAGCUACAGAAUGCUGUGCUGAAGGAGCUGCAGGCUUCUGGUCGUUCUGGUGGCCUCUCGGGCAUUGAGAUCAUCGAAGGUGUUGUAGUCUCUGACGAGGAGUGGACCCCACAAAACCAACUUGUCACAGCAGCACAGAAGCUGAACAGAAAGGGCAUUCUGAACAAGUACAAGAAGGAAGUUGCGGAAGCGUACGGCUCAUCUAGCUAA